UGUUAUUUGUUUAGAAAACAAUUUUUGUCCGCCAUGUUGAACAGUUUGACAGUUCGUCAAAAUGUCAAAAUAUUGAUUUAACACAAAAAUAUUUAUAUAUUCUAUUUAAACUGAAUAUAAUAUCAUAAAAAGUAUGUCGUAGUCGAUUUUAAAUAUCUGUUUUAAUACAAAUAAACAUAAAAAAUGUCUGAGGAAGCAGACCCACUGCCAGACAAUGACACAAUUAAAAGUGAACCCCCAGACGCCCUAUUAUUGAAUAAUCAAGAAGAUAAUAAAAUAAAUGAACAAAAGGAUGUUAAAGAACCUUCUAUUAACCCUGUUGAGACUUCGGUCAAACUUGAGGUAGAUGACAACGUUAUAGAAGAAGUGGUCCAACUUCCUUCCAAAGACAAACGCCAUGUAUGUGAAUACUGCACUAGGGCUUUCAAACUAAGCGCAGAUUUAAAAAGCCACAUAAUCACCCACACUCGUGAAAGGGCUUACAAAUGCCAAUACUGUGAUAAAGUCUUCGCACGCUCCGGUUCUUUAAACGUGCACCUCAGAACCCACACCGGCAGCCGUCUUUACAUAUGCAAAACCUGUAACAAAGUAUUCACACGUUCUGACACAUUAUCCAAACACAUGGUUACGCACACCGAAGACAGGCCUUUCAAAUGCGAAAUGUGCGACAAGGCUUACAUCCAUGCAAGCAACUUACGGGAACACAUGAACACACACACAGGGAAACGUCCGUAUAAAUGUGAGAUAUGCAAUAAAGCAUUUGCUCACUCGGGCACUUUAGGAAAUCACUUAAUCAAUCACACAGGUCAAAGGAAUUAUUCGUGUGGGAUGUGUGAUAGAGCCUUCACGCAACCUGGGAAUUUAAAGAAGCAUAUGGCAACGCACACGGGGGCUAGACCAUUUAAAUGUGAGACAUGCAAUAAAGCUUUUACUAGCAAGGAUAAUUUAGGACAACAUAUGAUUACUCAUACUGGUGAACGUCCUCAUAAGUGUGAUAAGUGUGAUAAGUCGUUUACGCAGUCUGGUAAUUUGAAGAGACACAAAGAGACUCAUAAGAGCUAA